UACAUUUCUUAGCCUCCCAUUCUGAUGCGUCUUUUAAACGUAUCAUGGAAAUAUUCAUAUGAACUCAUUUAUCUUUCUGGUUCCACAAUCCUUUUUGGAAUUUUAAAAAAAACUUUUAAUAACUUCAUCUCACUAGCUCUUAAUAAAUUUGUAGUUUUACUCUUUUCUCAGUUGGUUGCAAAUGCUGGUUGAGCUACAGGGUGAUAUCUUCUUCUUUCAGAGCCAGUAAUUUAUCUGAAGUUGCAAAGGUGGAGGUCUGCCAAGUGGUAGCUCACAAACAAGCUUAAUAUUGUAAGUUACAGAAAUGGAUCUGGGUCCGUUUAAGAAGGUUGUCUUAGGUUCAGUUGCCUUCGCAAUCUUUUGGAUUUUGGCAGUUUUCCCAGCAGUUCCUUUCUUACCCAUUGGAAGGACAGCAGGUUCCAUCCUCGGGGCAACUCUUAUGGUUAUCUUCGAAGUCAUCACCCCUAAGGAAGCAUAUUCUGCCAUCAACCUCAACCUCCCUGUACUGGGCCUUCUCUUUGGAACCAUGGUUGUAAGCAUCUAUCUUGAAAGAGCAGACAUGUUCAAGCACCUGGGAGUCUUGCUCUCAUGGAAGAGUUGGGGUGCGAAGGACAUGCUCUGCCGGAUCUGCGUUGUUUCUGCCAUUUCAAGCGCUCUGUUCACUAAUGACACCGCAUGUGUCUUUCUCACUGAGUUCAUAUUAAAGAUUGCUAGACAAAACAAUAUUCGACCCGAACCUUUCUUGCUUGGGUUGGCUUCAAGUUCGAAUAUUGGAUCCUCUGCAACUCCAAUCGGCAACCCUCAAAACUUGAUAAUUGCUAUUCAAAGUGACAUCUUUUUUGGGGAAUUCGUAUUGGGACUUCUUCCCGCGGUGCUUGUGGGUGUCUUUGUGAAUGCUUUAAUUCUUAUAUGCAUGUUUUGGAGGUUGUUAUCUGAUGUUAAGGAAGAAGAAGAUGAUGCUUUGUAUGAAAUGAUUGUUAUGGAAGAAGAAGAUGCUUUGGAUGAAUUGAUUGUUAAGGAAGAUUCAGCUGUCCAUCAGAUUUCGCUUGCUACCAUGUCAUCUCCCAAAUCUUUGGAAUCUCACGAAUAUGAUCCCAUUGCAGAACAUGUGAACUCCCAGAGGUUGUGUGAAUUGGAUAUGUGCAGUGAUUCCAGUGGUGAAAUUGAGCUGAAGAAAUCAGUCCUUUCAAAGAAGGAGGCAACUGAUAAUAUAGGAGAGCAAAUGGAGGAAAGAUUUGCAAGGGGUGGAGUACAAGGGACCACGGAGAAGAUGACUGAUUUAGAGUCCGGGCCGCAACAGUCCACUGAAGAAAGUAAAGGCCAGCUGAAUAGAUGGAAGAGAUUGUCAUGGAAGUUGUGUAUUUACCUUGGUACUGUUGGAAUGCUGGUUGCUUUUUUAAUGGGUCUGGACAUGUCUUGGACUGCACUCACAGCAGCCCUCAUUUUUGUGAUUCUUGAUUUCAAAGAUGCAGGGCCUUGCCUAGAGAAGGUUUCAUACUCUCUUCUGGUAUUCUUUUGUGGAAUGUUUAUCACGGUUGAGGGCUUCAAUAAAACAGAAAUUCCUAGCAGUCUCUGGAGCUUGAUGGAGCCUCAUGCACGGAUCGAUCAUGCCAGUGGGAUUGCUGUGCUGGCCAUUGUAAUACUUGUUCUCUCAAAUGUUGCUUCGAAUGUACCAACUGUUAUUUUGCUUGGAGCAAAGGUAGCUGCUUCUGCCGCUGAAAUAUCUCCUAAUAAAGAGAAGAAAGCUUGGCUCAUCCUGACAUGGGUUAGCACAGUUGCUGGAAACCUUUCGCUAUUGGGUUCUGCCGCAAACAUAAUUGUGUGUGAACAAGCUCUCCGUGCCCAGCCUAGUUACAAUAUCACCUUUUGGAGCCACUUGAAAUUUGGUGUUCCAUCCACGCUUAUUGUCACUACUAUUGGCUUAGCUCUUAUACAUUGCUAUGAUGUUUGAAGGGCCUAUUUAAAUUGGGCUCUUGUUUAGGCUUUGGAUCUUUAUAAGGUUCUAGGCCCUUCUGCUUAUAAUUAGGUUUUUAAGCAUGUCACUUUAACUCAGAUUUCCAAAGAUGGAAUUACGUUUUCCUUUUUUUUUUUUUUGCCAAGGA